AUGUUGUAUUUAGUGGGCCUUGGACUCUCCGACGAGACGGAUAUUACCGUCAAGGGACUUGAGGUGGCCAAGAAUGCCUCCAGGGUCUACCUCGAGGCCUACACCAGCAUCCUGCUCGUGAACCAGUCCGUCCUGGAAGCUUACUAUGGCCGAUCUAUAAUAGUGGCCGACCGUGAGAUGGUUGAGUCUAAUAGUGACGAGAUUCUUCGAAAUGCUCAGAACGAGGACGUAGCGUUCCUUGUUGUGGGAGAUCCCUUUGGUGCGACUACCCAUACCGAUCUGGUUUUGCGAGCCCGAGAACUCGAGAUCCCCGUCCGAACCGUGCCUAACGCAUCCAUCAUGUCCGGCAUCGGUGCCUGUGGCUUGCAGCUCUACAACUUUGGACAAACAGUGUCCAUGGUCUUCUUCACAGACUCGUGGAAGCCCGCAUCUUUCUACGACCGGAUAAAGGAGAAUCGCACUAUCGGCCUACACACACUGGUUCUGGUGGACAUCAAAGUCAAGGAGCAGAGCCUAGAGAACCUUGCCCGAGGAAGGCUGAUUUACGAGCCGCCUCGUUACAUGACCGUGGGUCAAUGCGCUCAGCAAAUGCUGGAGAUUGAGGACGAGCGUAAGGAGGGUGUUUAUGGCAAGGACAGCUUAGCCAUCGGUGCUGCUCGGGUAGGAGGUAAGACAGAGAAGUUUAUUGCUGGUACUCUAGAGGAGUUGUGCUCCACCGAUGAGGAGCUUGGCCCACCUCUACACAGCUUGGUUUUGCUCGGUCGAAGGGCUCACGAGUUGGAGCACGACUAUGUGCGGCACUUUGCAGUAGACAAGGAGAAGUGGGACAGAAUCUGGAAGGCCGAAUAUGGGCUGCAGCUAUAG